AUGCCUGCUGAAGUCCCCAGCAGCAGCUUCCCAGCUGCCACCGGGGGCCCCACAGAUAAAGAGAGGGUCCUGUCUGGGGGCCCCCAGGGGGGGCCCCCUGGAGGGCCCCCUGAGGGCCCCCCUGCAGUUCUCCGUGGGGGCCCCACUGGCGGGGCCCCCAGGGGGGCCCCCAUGUCCCUCAGGGGCCGGGAGGGGCCCCCACGGGCCCUCCAAGUAUUCUUUGAAAGGUUAGGGUCUUCUCCAGAAUCUCUGCAGGCCUACCGGGCCUGCGUGCGUGCAUGGGUUGAGGAAAAGGCAGCAGCAGCAGCAGCAGCAGCAGCAGCAGCAGCAGCAGCAGAUGGGGCCUCUAGCGGAGUCUACGCAGAGCUGCAGGCCCUCGCCCAAGAAUCCCUCAGAUGCAUAGAAGCAGCAAACUGCAGCUGGCUGCUGCUGCUGCACUCUGCUGCAGCAGCAAAUAGGGGGCCUUCUGGCAGCGCCCCUGCAGAGCCCUCAAAUAAGUCCCCAGGGGGGCCCCCAGGGGGGCCCCCAGGGGGGCCCCCAAGGGGGCCCCCAGGGGGGCCCCUAGGGGGCCCCCCAGAAGGGGCCCCUGAGGAGGGGGCCCCUAGAGAUGCUUCCGAGGGGCCCCUUCUGUCUCUGCUGCAUCCUCGCUUAUUAUGUGGCUGCUUCUUCUUGCUUAAGGACCUGCUGAGUGAUGGUGCUGCUGCGAGCGUCUGCUGCAGUGAAUUUUGUGCUGCUGCUGCUGCUGCUGCUGCGGAGCUGCUGCGGCUGCUGCCAGCAGCAGCAGCAGCAGCGGAGAGACACAAAAGGAGCCUCAAAGCGAAGGGGUCUCGAGUCAAGCACUUGGGGAGGUCCAGCAGGCGAGGAAUGGGGGAGCAAAAUGUUGCUGCAGCUCAGCAGCAGCAGCAGCAGCAGGAAGAGGCGCAGGUUGCUGCUGCUCCUGCUGCUGCUGUUGCUGCCUACGGCGACCCCGAGGAAGUCUCGCUGCUCCGAUUUGCUGCAGUUGAUUUAAUUGUUUGUCUCGCAGCAGCUGCUGCUGCUUCUUCUCAGAAGUUAUAUUUCAAUUCUGAAGAAGAUGAGGGCCCCCUGGCUUCUCUUGCUUCCGAACUAGAGCUGCAGCUGUCGCGGGUUGCUGCUGCUGCGCUGCAGCAAAAGCAGCAGGGGCCUGCUGCUGCCCCUGCUGCUGCAGCUUCACCACAAGGGAACUCAUUUGCUGCUGCGGCUCAGCUGCAGCAGCAGGAACAGCAGCAGCAGCAGCAGCACCAAGCUGGGGUGUAUGUACACCUCAACGGCCUCUCCUUUUCGGUGCUCGCUGAAAUCACCUGCGUCUUCUGUCGAUCUCUGGAGCGCAUGCAGCGCGAAUCAGACCAGCAGCAGCAACGGCAGCAGCAGCAGCAGCAGCAGCAGCAGCAGCAGCAGACAAAACAAAUACUCAAUCGGCUGGCCUGCCGUUUGCUGCCGCUGCUGCUGCAGCUGCUCACUGUCGAUACACUGCAGCCGUUGGCCGAGGACACCCGGAAGCUGCUGCUGCCUGCGCUGCUGCAGCACGUGUCUGCUGCUGCUGCUGCUGCUUUUAUCUUCGCUGCAAUUCACCGUCUCCUUGACCCUUUGACAGUGCUCACAACCAGCAGCAGCAGCAGCAGCAGCAGCAGCAGCAGCAGCAGCAGCAGCAGCAGCAGCAGCAGCAGUGUGAGCUUAAAGGUAUUUGAUAUGCUUCAGAAAGGGCCCCCUCCCCCGCGCAGCGGUGAGGCCUUCGAGCUAGCGCUGCGGCAUUAUGAUUUAUUCUUGGCAGCAUUUUGCCCGCAAGACACAGCAGCAGACGCGGAGCAGCAGCUGCUGCUGCUGCUUAAAGCAGAGCAGCAGCAGCAACUGCCGCAGCAGCAGCAACAGCAGCAGCAGCAGCAGCAGCAAGUGGAGAAUAGGAAGCCUUGGGACAGCAACGACACCAGGUGGCGGUGGCUCUUCUGGGGUGUCACGUGUCCCACAGUUAACUGUGUGCGCAGCAACUCGCGCCAGCUGCUGCAGCUGCUGCAGCAGCAGCAACAGCAGCAGCAGCAACUGCCGGGAGUCACUGCAGCAGAGCAGCGUGGCGCCUGGACGUCAUUUAUGAACCUUUUGGAAGCUCUCGACGACUUCUCGCAGCAUUUGGUUCAGCAGCAGCAACAAACGCUGCUGGGAUUGUGCGCCGUUGCAGCAAAAGCAGCAGCAGCAGCAGCAGCAGCAGCAGCAGCAGUAGGAACGGCUGCAGCAGCAAACGACAAUUGGCUAUCCCCCCUGCUUGUGCAGCCUCUGUGGGUCGAGGUAGUUUUGCUGCGGGCCUUUGCCCACGACAACGCAGUGCUGAGCCGCAGCUUCAUUUUGACAUUUAUGUCUCUUUGCUGCAGAAACACUAACGAGGGGGCCCCGAGCAGCAAAAGCAGCAGCAGCAGCAGCAGCAGCAGCAGCAGCAGCAAGGAGCCCAGCCUGCUGCUGUGCGUGUCGCGGAGUUUUGUCUUGGUGUGUUUGGUUCGCCACAUGUCUGUCCCUUCUUUCUUUACGAGGGGCAAUAAUUGCAAAGAGGCUGAGCAAACAGCACAGGCGUUUUUGCUGCAAAGGCUAGCGCAGCAGCAGCAGCAGCAGCAGCAGCAGCAGCAGCAGGGGGUUUCUGGGUGUCUCAGCAUAUCCUGUGUUGCUGAAUACCUGCAAGCUGUGGGAGACCACUGCUACACCUACACUCCCCUGCGGGUGUUUCUGGAGGCGUUGCUGCUCCCAAGCCAGCAGCAGCAGCAGCAGCAGCAGCAGCAGGCCGCGGCUGCUGCUGCUGCUGCCUUCGCUGCCUCAGUGAAGCAGCUUGUGCCUGUGAUUGGGUCUAUGCCACAAAGCGCCCGCUGGGGCCUUUACGAACGCUUGCUGCGCGUUGCUGCAGUGCAUGCAGCAGCAGCAUAUGUGUCUUUGCUGCACCUGGGAGCUCUUUGUGUCUCCUUGCCCCACAGCUUCUUCCUGAGCCAGCUCAGAGACGCAGCAAGCUUCUGCAGCAGCAGCAGCAGCAGCAGCAGCAGCAGUGGGAGCGAUGGGAAGCGCGGAGAGAAACAGCAGGUGCCGGCUUUGGUGCAGCUGUUGCUUGCUGCUUUCCCUUCUCUUGACGAUUUUGCUGCUGCAGUGCAGCAGAUGCUGCUCAACAGCCUGCAGCAAAGCAGCAGCAAACAAGAGGCGCAGCAAGGCCCCCUGAAACCUUUUUUUAGGCAGCAGAAGCAGCAACGGCAGCAACAGCAGCAACAGGACAUUUAUGCGGCCGUUUUGCUGUCGCGUUUGAUUGCAGCAGCUGCUGCUGUGGCGCCUUGCAGCAAACUUCCCCACGCGGUGGCCUCCUGCUGCUACACCGCAGCAGCAGCAUGCGACGACAGGCGAAUGCUGCUUCUGGCAGCAAUGAGCUGCGAAGGAUUUGCAUUGCCGCUGCAGCAGCAGCAACAACAACAACAGGAACAGCAGGAGCAGCAGCAGCAGGUGCAGAGCGUUUUAUCUCUUUGCUGCCUUCGGUGUUUUCUCGCGCCCUUAAAUGCAUGCUUGAUUAUGCGUGCUCGUUUGUUGCUGCAGCUGCUUGAGGAAAUCUGUGCUGCACUGCAGCAACAGCUUAGCUGCCUGGCUGCGGAGUUGCAGCGUGCGGAGCGGCCCGGCGCACCUCCUGAUGUUCUAUUCUGGCCAGAGGAAAGCAGCGCAUGCAGCGAUUUCAGCUUGUGGGUGAAGCAUCGAGUGCUGCUGUUGGGUCACUUUUUGUACUUUUGCAGCAGUGACCUAAUUGUGAAAGCUUUCAAACAAAUACCAAAUAUAAGCUCUGACGAAAUCUUUACCACUGCCGCCUCCAGCAGCAGCAGCAGCAGCAGCAGCAGCAGCAGCAGCAGCAGCGUGGAGCAGCUGCUGUGGACAGCUGUGGCGGUCUUGGGGCUGUGGGGUCUGGAGCCCAGCAAGCAGACGACAGGGGGGGCUGGGGGGGCCCCCAUUUUGGGGCUUUGGGGCUGCAGCAACUGCGUCGCUGCGGCAGCAAUUAACCGCAAGACCCUGGCCAGCCUAAAGCAUGCACCUCUGCCCCACACCAGAGCUCCCCUUGGCCUCAGCACGCACGCAGCAGCAGAAGCCGUUGCUGCUGGCGCGGCAGCCGGCGAAGCAGCAGCAACAGCAGCAGCAGCAGCAGCAGCAGCAGCUGAAGCUUGUGAUCUGUCUGCUUCUCUAUUUCCCGAGGGGCUGCGGCCGCUAGAGGUCUGGAUGGAUGCAGUUGAUUGGUUUUACAGCAGCAAGGGGGAAGCUCUUUCGGGUUUGUUUGCUGCUGCUCCUCUAGCAGCAGCAGCUGCUGCUGCUGUUGCUCCUGCUGCUGGCCAAGCGCCCGGAGAGGGACUCGCAGCUAUCUUUCAGCAGCUGCUGCCCCCCUGUGCUGCUGAUGCAGCAGCAAAGUACAGAAGCCGUGUCUUAGCUGCGCAGCAGACUCACUGGGGGCUGCUGCUGCCGAGCCUGGGUAUCUCUUGCUCUGCAGCAGCUUCUGCUGCUGCAGCAGCCCCAGGCAUUGACAGCUUAAGAGCAGCAGCAAUCGAUGCCCCCCCGGGGCCCGUGGGGGUCUCGCUGCUGCUGCUGCAGCAGAUUGGACAGUGCAGCACGAGAGAGGCCCCGGGGCUGCUGCAUGCGCUUUGGUUCUUUGCUGUUCCCACCCUAACGAGGCCCCUCCAGGGCUUGACUGAGGCCCCUUGGGGCUGCCUGGGGGCCCCCCCUCCUGCUGCAGCUGUGUGUGUGGCUGCAGCAGCGCAUGCAGCACUUGCUGCUUUCGUGAGCGACUGCCGCCAAGUCAUUCGGGGGCGGCUGGAGACGACGAUCCCAGCGAGCCUUGUUGGAGGCAUUUGCUGCCUCGUGCUGCACCCGCUGCUGCUGCGGUCGGAGUGGCAGCUGCAGCGGGUACUGGGGGGCCCUUCCCCGGCUGCGGAGGGGGCCCCUAGUCCAGCGGGGCGCCUACUGGGUCUGGGGGGCCCCUGGGGAGCUGGGGGCCCCCCAGAGGGUACAGAGGGGGCCCCCACACAAAAGGGGGGCCCCCAGCGUGGUGGAUUUAUCUUUGAGUUUGUUGAGGACUUGGUUGCUGAGGGAACCGUCAGCCUGGGGCUGUCUCGCGCUGUGAUUUUGCCUCUUUUGUCUUCUUUGUUUGUUGCUGGAGCUGCGGAUUCGAAAGAAAGGCCUGGGGGCUCUGGGCUGCCCUGUACGUACACCCGGCUGCUGGCCAAGCUGCUGCUGCACCGCGAGUUCGUGCUGCUGGACGGAGACAGCUGCUGCCCCACAGACCCCUUUGAGCUCCCCAGCCCUAAGUCCCUUUACACAUGCAGCUGCAGCAGCAGCAGCAGCAGCAGCAGCAGCAGCAGCAGUGGAAGCGACAGCUGGAGCAGCGACAGCGAGGACGCCAACGCAGCCCAUGCAGCCGCCAGCAGCAGCAGCAGCAGCAGCAGCAGCAGCAGCAGCAGUUCGUGCUGCAGCCGCUGCGGCCUGCCUGUGGGAAUGUCAAGCUGCGACCCGGUUUCGUUUUUCUUGUCAGUGAGUCCCUGCUGCCGGGACUUUCGUUCUUUGUCUCUUUGCAAUUCAGCAGCAGCAAACUCUUUUUCUCCUUUUUGCUGCAUUGCCCCCCCCCUGGCUUUAACCCCCCCACUCGCUCUUCUCCCCAGGGCCCUCCCCUCCCGCUUUUCGGGCCUUUCCCAAACCCCCGCCUAUCUCCGUCUCAUAACCCUCACGCUCUUAGACGCGCUUUCCCAAAGCCUUUCUCCGGGGGCCCCUCUAGGGGGGCCCCCCGUGCCCCCAGCGGCCGCCCUAGGGGGCCCCCCCUCGCCUCCAGGGGCCCCCUCAGGGGGGCCCCCCGUUCUUCCAGGGGCCCCUGAGGGGGCCCCUGGAAGGGGGGCCUCCUCAGCGGGGGCUCCUCUGCCGCAGGCUUCCACUGAGGGGGCCCUUGGAGGAGGCCCUCUACAGGACAGCCCGGCAACGCGUCAGGGGCCCCCUGGGGGCCCCCCCGGGGGGCCCCCAGGGGGGCCCCCUGGAUCGGACCCUGGGGCCCCUCCUGGAUGGGCCAGUGCGGGUCUGCCCUGCAUAGAUGCAAAUCAAAAAGAAUUCUUAAGGACAAGUUUGUCUGCUGUAUUUGAAGCUCUGGCAGAAAAGGCAAUCGAAGCUGUAGAGACACCCCAAGACGAGGCAGAGCCAGCCGAGAGGGACGCAAACAAACAGGCAAAUCAGCAGCAGCAGCAGCAGCAGCAGCAGCAGGGCAACGAAGCUGAAGGGGAGCAGUCUGAGGGGGCCCCCCGGGGGCCCCCCUGCGACCGUUUGCCCAUGCCGAAUUCUGCUCGCCACCGGGGGCAGCUGCGGGCGUGGCAGGCGCUGUCUUGUUUGUCAUGUCACUUAGGUGUAUAUACACCUCAAUCCGUGGAAAAGAUUCAAAAACUUAUUUUCGAACUGCUCAGCAAACCCCUCAUGCCAGAUGUCCGGCAUUAUGUCGAAUUCGUAGCUGUUCGACUUGCCAAGGGAGCCCUACAGGGGCUUCUCUCUGGGGGCCCCUCUGGGGGCCCCUCUGGGGGCCCCUCUGGGGGCCCCUCUGGGGGCCUCUCUGGGGGCCCCUCUGGGGGCCCCUCUGGGGGCCCCUAUGGUUGCGUGUUUGCUUUGGUUGAUAUUUUGGGGCGGUAUGAUUUGUCGCGGCAAGUAGUGAUAAGUGCGUUGACUGUGGGGGGCUACGUGCUGCUGCAUUUGAGAAAGUGGACAGCAGCAGCAGCAGCAGCAGCAGCAGCAGCGGCAGCAGAGUCUACGGCGGACGCCCUAGAGCAGCUGCUGCUGCUGGCCAUUGCCCCUUAUCUUACCUCCAACGCCGCCUACUGCAGAGGCACAGCGCAAUACUUAGUGCAUGCGUUUUUGUCUCGCGCAGCAGCAGCAGCAAAGGCCCCGCCGGCAGCGCCAAACGUAGGCCCUAGCAGCAGCAGCGGCAGCAGCGGCAGCAGCAGCAGCAGCAGCAGCAGCAGCGGCAGCAGCAGCAGCAGCAGCAGCAGCAGCAGCAGGUCAGGGUUUGUGAAGGCCCUGUACCGCAUGCUAAGCGAAUCGAAAGAUUGCAAAAUGAUGAUUUCUAAAUUGGAAAUGGCAUUUGAAAGAUGGAGUCCAGAGAGGGACGGCUGUAUAUACACCCUAAUUCCCGAGGCGGGGGUUGUGUUCGAGACUAUGCAGCAGCACAGCGCGUCGCUGCGAGGCGCGAGCGCCCUGGGGUUUGAAGAAGCAAAAGGAGAAGAAGUUUUUAAUCAAGAAGAAAUAAAAGGAGACACAGACACAAAAAAACAGCAGCAGCAGCAGCAGCAGCAGCAGCUAGCUGAUGUCCUCUCGAGCUUUGACCUCAGGCCCUCCUGGGCCCUCGCAGUGGCCCUUAAGGAGGCAGUGCAGCAGGAGAUGAAGAGGGCGUGGCACACACCAGCUGCUGCUGCUGCUGCUGCUGCUGCUGCUCCUGGUGCUGCUGCUGCUGCUGCUGCUUCCGGCUAUGAUGCUGCGGGGUAUUGUGACGAAGUGCCUGGCAGCGAGGGCUCGAUUCCGAGUUUUGCUGCUGCUGCUGCAGCACCAGCAGCAGCAGCAGCUGCUGCUGCUGCUGGUGCAGAAACGGCACUGGCAUCAGCAGCUGGCAGCAGAUCAGACGCAGCAGCAGCAGAGACAGAGCCAGGGCCUUGCCAGAGGAAAUUUGUGCCGGCAACGCAGGCGCUGCUGAGCAGCAGCUGCCUCUGCGUGGAAGACCCGCUAGCUGCUUUUGCUGCGCUGCGGCAGCGCAGCAACUUAAUUGUUGUUGCUUCUCUUAUUUCAAAGUCGCCAAACUUGGGAGGUUUAGCGAGGACUUGUGAAGUUUACAACGUCAAGUCAGCUGCGCCAACUAGCUGCUGCUGCUGCUGCUGCUUCUAA